AUGGGAGAAGACUGGGCGCCAGACACUUUGCCUUUGGAGUUUCCAGAUGAGUGGACAGAGUUGGCCACAAAGGCUGUCAAUGAUGGUGUCGUUCAGGUGGACACUGCCUCAGAAGCACGGCCAGAGAGUGACACAGAUCCAGGAGCUGAAGCUGAGGUUGGGCGGGCAUUGUCGACUCUCCAUGAGCGUGUGGCCCGCUUCUCUCAUGUUGUUCGCUUGGAUCGUCCUCAAGAUGAUCCAUUUUGGUUGCCCCAUUUCUGGAACAUUGUGGAAGCGCUGGAUACUGUGGACCACAUGUUCACCCAGAACAACUUUCGCAAGAAGCUUGCAGUGGUUUCUGGAUGCUCUGGAAUGUGUGCAGAAGGCUGGGCUCUCAAGUUGAUGGGCAUGUUCGUCGACUCCAUCAAUUGCUGCGACCUCAAGAACUUGUCGCACGACGUCAUUGCUGCCAACUUUGAAGGGCAGGUCUCCCACUUCUUCCAUACGGUGGCUGAUCAGGUUGCAGGCGAAGGGUGCUACUACCAGCACGACUGUGGUGCUCCUGUCAAUUGCUGUGAGGACACAGCCCCUGACCUGGGCUGCAUUGGCACGCCUUGUCAGCCAUUCAGCAGGCAGAGGACGAAGCGACAUCACCCAGGCAGUGUCCAGGCUCACAAGGACUACAACGCGACCUUCAAAGAUUUGCUGGACUGGUUGGUCCACUUCGAGCCGAAGGCAGGGUUCGCUGAGCAGGUGGAAGGCUUCGAGCUUCCAGAUCUGAAGACUUCUGCAAGCAAGGUCACACCACUGGACAGGUUGUUGGAAAUGCUCGAGAACUGCACCUGGGGGCACGGUGGCUAUCACGUCUUGCCUGUGCAUAUGGAUGCCACGGCUUGGUUGAACAUGAGCAGACCCAGUCCGGAUGCUGGGCCGGAUAGCGAGAAUGACGAGGGCUGGGACUUUGAUUUGGAAGCUGCCAGUUCCGCCAAAGCUUCCACAGAACUCAGCGGCUUCACAACACCUGCCAGGCUUCAGGGCCCGAGAAAGCUUGGGAGGCCUUUUGGGAUCAGAGGAAGUCACGAAUACAGGAGAAGCUUGAAAGAAGCAGCCGAACCUGAUGAAAUCAAAAGUGCUUCAGACAAGGCAAAAUCUGUAAGACUUGAGAAUUUGGCAAAGGCCAGGGAACAAAGACAGGUAUACCAGGAAAAAAGAAGGCUCAGCUUUGGGUCAGAUGCUGCAGCAACAUCUUCGCGUCCUGAACGCUCAGCAAGUUUGGUUGUGCAAUGUGCAGUUGAUCCUAGUCCAGCAGUUGGGUCAGCUUUGCAAAGCAAAUUGUUUGAGUCUGCGCUUUCAGUUUUCAAUUCGGGACGUUGCAAAGACCUCUGUGUUGGCCCAGCCGCUCCUGACAAUGCCAUGCACUCUUUUUCAAAUCAGCUGUUGACAGGCAAUAGCAAAUGCCAGCCUGAUUGCCAAGGCCAAGGCGUUGAAGCUGACGUCGAUGACUAUCAAAAGUCCAUGGCUCACUUUUUCCAGCCAUAUCGGGCCUAUUGUUCAUUGACCAGGGAUGCCGAUGGCUUGGGGGUUGACCGCUGGCAGAUAUCCAAAGUUAUGGUGCGUUCAGCUUGCGCUUUCAAAAAUCUUGCAGGCAAGCUUUGGGGCAAUUUGAUGAACCACGUCCAGACCCUUUUGGAUUCAUCGCACAAUGGUUUGAUGAUUGUUUGCAAGCUCAGGUUUGACGAGACACCAACCAAGAUCACAGUGGCAGAUUUAUGUAGCCAUGACAUGCCAAACCCCGACCAGCAGAAGGCAGGGAAAGCCCAGUCCAGGAAGCAGGUGUGUAAACUCCUGCAGACGGAGGUCAGUGUCGGAGUGCUGUUGCAAUGCAAACUCACAAAGAAGGCAACCUUGUUGACAGGAAGUUUGCCUACGCCGCUACAAAUCCUGGACAAGCAGACUGCCCGCAAUCUCAACUGUGCUUUGGAAGCUUCAAUAGCUCUUCCCAACUUCGAAGAAGUGGCAGCCCGAUUUGAAAGGAAAGUCUUUUUGUGUUGUGCCGAUGAGUUUGCUUCCAAUGAGCCUGCCCAAUUCGGACUGCAGAGCUCGAGAACGGGUUGGCAACGUAUGGCAACCCUUUGUGACAUCCACAAAGGUUCCACUGUGCAAGGCAGAGUCUUUGAUCUGAGCGGGCCAGCCAUCAGUGCAAUCAUCAACUUGGGCUUAUCCAUGUCGCCUGCGGGGUCAAUUGGGAAAUUGCAGACUCUGUUGACUAAGAUCAUCCGAUCCCGUUUCCAGUUGCGAAUUGGAAGCCCUCCUUUCAGACCAGAUGUUCUAGCCUACAAGAAGGCUGUGUUUGACCUGUUCUUCAAAGUGCCCGAUUCCUUUUCCAUGCAGGUGGCAUCUUCGGUUUCAACCAAACAGCGCUUGAAUUAUGGCCAGAAGCUUCGACGCAGGGCAAUCCUUGAGCAUUUUUGCAAUGGCGACAUUCGCUCUGAGCAGAUUGUGCAUUGGGCUCCUGCUGGCCAAUACGCUUCCGAGAAGCAUGCAGAAAACGAGUUUGUCAAGUAUGUGGUGCCAGCUCUCAUCCCACAUGGGAUGCCAUUGUUUCCGAGGUCUAGGUGGUUUGGUGCCGAUGCCUCACUGGAUUACAUUGGGGUCCUGGCUUGUACGCAUUGUGUUCUGGAGCCUUUGAUGGAGGCAUGGUGCGGAAAGGGCAGUGCAGUGGCAAGUGAAAUUGGUGAUGGCAACACUGGCGAGGCAGAACAUGAAUCGGGUUGGGAAGCUUUAUGCAACCUUCAGACCAAGAGCCAGCCUUCGAACCUCAGUUCCCAAAAGCCACAAGUGUCACAAGACAACAGUGUGGAGCAUCCAGAUGAACAAGAGCAAGAGCAGGUACCUGUCCUGCCGCUUGACUUUCCAAAAGAUGGUGCUGAAGGAGUUGGCGAUGACCCUUCAGCUUUUGAUUGGCACAGCUACCAUGACAAGCUUCGAACAUCUGUGUUUGAUUGGCUUUUCCGAGCUCGAGGCCCCAGGCCUCAAACCAUGGUGUGCUUGAUGCGGCAGUACAUGGAACCUAUCCUGAAAUUGAUGACAAAGUUUCUCUAUAUAUCAAGCCAAAAAUGGGAGAAGGACCAGUGGAUUUCUUGCUGCCAGACUGGGGAGCGCAACUUCCGAAUGCUUUUGGCUUGCAUCGGCAAGGAUACAGAACUUGUGUUUGCUUCAGCUGCUCACCUCAUGAAGUCCCCUCCUGUGGCUUUGGCAGAAGUGGAUUGGCGACAAGAUGUCAGCGUUCUUGCUUUCACAAUGUUGUCGCGAUUGGUUUGUGCGACCAAGCAGUUGAUUCACUGGCGGCAUUCCAAAUACCCUUACAAGUUGUUCUCAGCUUUGCAAGGGCCAGAGUUGGCAAACAAAGUUUUCCAUGAUCCGCCGUGCUUGAAGGAUGAAAUCACUUUAGCCUUGUGUUCCCAAUUCACUGAGGAAGAAUUUUGUGCAGACCAGGGCGUUUGCCGCUUGGUGAUUGAAGCUUUGGCAUUGCUGGCUGAGACAGACAUUGGCCCCAUCGAGAGGCAGCACACAAUCAGCAGAAGGGUCGUCCAGUCUCGGAGCCUUGCCAACCCAGCAGUGACAUUGAAAUCGCUGUCAGCUGAUUGGCUUUUGAGACAGGGGGCCCAAAGAAGGGCAAAUUUGAUGUCUUAUUUCUUCUUUGAUUCCUCUGCCACACGAAGGAAAUUCAACAAGUUUGCCAAGCAGAGAAAAUGUGUGCGAAAGACACAGCAGAAGAAGAAGAAGCGAGGCGGUGGUGGGGGUUGGAGAGCAUUUUGCUCUGUUUUUUUGAAAGGCCAGAAAGGGACGCGAGACAGGUUCAAACGAGCCAAAGCGGCAUACUGGGCGUUGCCAGAAGAUGAAAGGAAAAGAUACCGGUUGAUUGGAGAAUUGGCAACCAAGAGCCACAGAGCUGGCUUCAAACCUUUUGGAAGCAGGGAGUCCCACAGAAUGAUUCAAUCAAAUUCUGAAAUUGCUGUUCCACCUGCAGGGCGUCCUAGUCCUAGCCCACCACAAGCGGAACCUGUGUCAGCCCUUGAAGCAUUGGCGCCUGGCUCUCUUUCUUCUCACCAGCACAUGUGCGUGUUGGACCCUUCUCAAGAUUUGUUGGACAAGUUGAAGGAAAUCAAGAAAAAGGUUUCCCAAAGGUCAGCUGAAGAGGCACAGGACCGAGAGAUUGUGGUUGCAAAUGUUGCUGCAUUUUUGAAAGGGGAUGCCCUGGUGCAACCUUCGGAGCUGGCUGACAGCUUCAUCAGCAGAGGAUUUCAAGAUCACGCAGAGCAGUCGGAGCUUCCUUUCAAGAACAGCAAUUUUUUUCCAAGGCCUUGUCCCUUGCCUUGGGUCGAAUGGCUGCCACCAGCGGAUGUCUUUGCUCAGGCAGCGCUGCAUGGGAUGCCAACUACUGCCAAGACAGGCUUGCAUGGCAAGCUUGACAAAGAUUGGGACAACAGGCACCAGAUUUUCUUUGACCACAUGGCGCCUCCAAUCUUUGGACAAAGGACGCCAAAGGGCAAAGCGGUUUUUGUCCCAUCCAAGUGCAUGAAGCUGGGUUUAUGUGUUUGCAGAGACGGUCAUGGGAAACAAGCUUUCCAUUUUACCAUGAAACUGGUAGCAACACUUCGUCCGCUCUUCAAGAAGGGAAGCUUGGAAAAACGCAAGCUUGAAACUGGCUUGGUCGUCCUUUGCUUCCGGAGGGUGGGGUAUGAUGAGACGCCUUUGUUCUACCACCUGGGCUAUUACAAUUUGAAGACCUGGUGCUUUUCACUUCUGGAGUUGGCGGUUGAUACCAGGACUCCAUCAAAACCCUCAAGGAUUCCCUUGCGGGUGGCUGAUCAGCAAGAUGGGUUGGCUUCUCCAUUGCACGGCGUCUCUGUGGCAGUGCAGGCUUUUGCACUGCUGGACUUGCUCUCGUCUUUCACAUGCAACGUGUGCUACAUUGUUAGGAGCAAUGACACUUUCUUCAAUGGCAGUGACAUGAUACCAGAACGUGUUGAGAUUGAUGGUGGCUUUGCAAGCGAUCCCAGUUCUCACGUUUUCCUGUGGAAAGGAUGGGACGAGGAGAAACCAACAUCCAGAAGACCUCCGAACAGAAAGAGGCCAAACCCAGAUGUGAGCCGGCCAAAGGCUUCCAAAAGACAGACUCAGACCCGAAGGCCUCCUGAUGAAACCAAGGAAGAAGAACAUGUUGAAGAAGAUAUCAUCUUUGGCAAUGAUCAGGAUGACCCUGAGCCUGAACUUUUUGAUGGGGACGGUGAAGACAAUUUUUUGGAGCGCAUGCUGGACGAUUGGAAUACAGACUAUUCGCCCGGCAGCAUGGCUCCAGAUGAUCUGUUGGAGGAAGAUGAUGUGGCUUGUGAGGACAGUGGCGAUCCAUUCCGGCUUGCUGCUGGUGAGUGGCUUGAGCAAGCUGAAGCGGAUGACUUGAUCGAAGAGCCUCAGAUCGACGUUCUUGAGACAGUCCAACAGGGAGAUGUUGGUCCAUCUCAGCCAGACACGGUUGAUCCAGUUGGCCCAAGCCAUGUUGCAGACCAUGCAGAUGGUGACAAGGCAUCCACUUCUUCCAGCAGCAGCAACUCUUCAACCAGCAGCAACUCUUCAAACAGCUCUGAGGCUGAACAUGAUGCAGCGCCACCCACAGUGAAGCCCAAAGAAGAUGUCCAAGCUGGAGCUCGGGCUGAAAAGGACACUGAUAUCCGCAUUGAGGUCAAUGAGAAUGGAUCGAUACGGUACAACGUCAAAACUGCCAACCUUGUGGCUCAUUGCUCAUAUCAUUCUGGAAAUUGCAGAAAGACAAGGACAUCAAAACCCAGUGCCAAAGGCAGCAGUGCACAGGGAAGACCUCUAGGUCUCUUGACCGCUUGGUUGGAAGAUGCUGCAAACUUUGCAGAUGCUAAGAGCCACAGUGGCCAGUGCGCUCCUAAUCUGUCAGCUCGGAAGCUUGGCCGAGCGAACUUCAAACUUCUAUCUGGCUCAGAUCGUUUUCUGAAUUACGAAAGGAAACGCAAAGAAGGUGAACCUGAAGAACCAACAGCUGCUCCGAUUUACAUCAUCUUCGUCAGGAAGGACUGCGGGGACAAGGACACAAUCAAGGCCAUUGCCAGAACCAUCCAGGACAUCACGCAGCUCCGUGCCGAGUUUCCACCCAAUACCUGGAUGGAUUUGCUUUUGCCGCCGGGCGACCAGCUUGACCAGGAGAUGAAACACUACUUGAACUGGAUGCGUGUUGGAAACACUGACAAGGAGGAGACACAUGGGCGACUGAAGCAGUGGGAGAGAGAUUCUUUGAGCUGGCGUGACAAGCUUGGAGUGAGUCCAAACUAUGCUCCUUGGACAGGCCAGGCAGGCUUCACGGCAGUCCCAGGAUUGAAUUUGACCCCCAGGAUCAAAGACCUCAUGGAUUGCGUUGUCAUUGACAGGAUGAGGUCAAAGGGCCAGAAUUUCAGUGACACGAAAGCAGAAAUGCGAGAUGUGUUUCUUGACGUGUCGCAGUCUCAUGUGCGCAAGUGUUUCACCAUGAACACUGUCAACAAGUGUUUGACAACGUCCUCAGUCCUUUACUCAUUUGGGGCAGGGCGCAUAGUCUUGCCUAAGGAAAUGCUGUGGUUUCAAGGAUAUCCGAAGAGCGUUCGAAUGCCUUCUACUGUGUCUCCAUCAGACCUUCGAACUUUUGUCGGUGAGGGCAUGUUCUUGCCAAGUGUUGCAACUGUCCUUUACAGCUUGAUUUUGCAUGUGCCAAUGAUGGAUUCCGAUUUGGCUGAGUGCAAUUUCAAUGCCAGCAGUGGCAACAGACCUCCGAAGGCAUCCAAGAUGCGCACAGAGUGA